AAAUCAUAGCAAUCAGCUGCCGCAAGGUUAUGGAAUGCAGCGGCAGGGAGGCUACUUUCAACCCCGUACGCCGGCAUUGCGGCCAAUCAGUGGGCAGCAGCCUCCUCUUCCUGUUUCUCCACCGCCUCCUCUCCCGUCGAAAGGGCCACCUACAUUGUUUCCUGUUCAUAAUGUUUCAUCGCCGAUGACAUCUGCAGCCUAUCAACCGAAUCAUGAGGCCCACCACUCCAUGCCGCCGCCUUAUUUCCAUAGUAAGCCAUUUUCACAUGCUUCUACUGGAUAUGUUAUGGAGUUUCCCAAGGAGGCUCAUGUGUUCCAUCAAACGUUACCGAAGCAGUACGUGGGAGAUGGUCAGCCAUUUCCACAAAAGCGGUCAUCUUUGGAUAAGCCAAAGGUUGUGGAUGCUUUGCACUUAUUUAAGCAGCCACAUCGAGUCACCCGCCCUGAUCAUUUUGUGGUAAUCCUACGAGGGCUUCCAGGUAGCGGAAAGAGCUACUUAGCAAAGCUGCUGCGUGACUUAGAGGUUGAAAAUGGUGGUGGUGCUCCACGAAUUCAUUCCAUGGAUGAUUAUUUUAUGACAGAAGUAGAAAAGGUGGAAGAAAGUGAUGCUUCAAAAUCUUCCAGUUCAUCUAGAGGCAAGAAGCCUGUAGUGAAGAAGGUGAUGGAGUAUUGUUAUGAACCUGAAAUGCAGGAGGCUUAUCGGUCGAGUAUGCUGAAGGCAUUUAAGAAGACCCUCGAGGAUGAUGUUUUCACCUUCGUAAUCGUGGAUGACCGCAAUCUGCGGGUAGCUGAGUUUGCUCAAUUUUGGGCAAUUGCAAAGAGUUCGGGGUAUGAAGUUUAUAUACUAGAAGCACCAUAUAAGGAUCCUGCGGGCUGCGCAGCUAGGAAUGUGCAUGGCUUCACUCAAGAAGACAUACAAAAGAUGGCUGAACAGUGGGAGGAAUCUCCAUCCAUAUACUUGCAAUUGGACGCCAAGUCAUUGUUUCAUGGAGAUGAUCUGAAGGAAAGUGGUAUUCAAGAGGUAGACAUGGAUACAGAAGAUGUAGAUAAUGAUGUAAUAUCCGGAGCGCAAGAGAGAAAGCCGGAGAAGACCAUGAAACCUCCUGCUGAAGACAAUGCGCCUGAUGGUUCUUCAAAGGACGUGAAGAGCUUGGAUGCCGAAGAAGAUCACCCAGGAGUAGAAGUAAAAGAACUAGGAAGGAGUAAAUGGUCAGAAAUUUUAGAUGAAGAUGAUACAGAUAAAACUGAAGAAGUGAAGAGUAAUGCUCUAUCUGGAUUGAUUCAAGCUUAUCGCAAGGAAGUGAAAUCUGUAUGCUGGAGUGACCAGGUUGGCAAUACUGGCUUUUCAAUAACAGCAGCAAAGAAGGCAAAUGUAUCGUCUUUGGUGAUUGGUCCAGGUGCUGGAUACAACUUGAGGUCCAACCCCUUGCCUGAAGAAGAGAACCCAGUUCCACCCCGUAGCACUGCUAAACCAAAGAGGCAGAACGUAUUCCAAGAUCAGCUUCGUGCAGAACACGAAUCCUUCAAAGCUGUUUUUGACAGGAGACGACAUCGAAUUGGUGGGCUAGACCUGGAAGACGAAUAAAUCAUAGGAGCCACAGGAACUUUUCCUGCAAAAUUGUUGUUGGAAUAUUGUUAGAUCGAUAUUUGAAUGAAUGCAAGCAAAUCCAUGUAACAUGUACAACAUUUUCCAAACGUUCAAUGAAAAUCCAUCCUUAUCUACCUUCCAC